UGCUUCUGUAUAUCAGUGAAACUACAACUGAAUGAUGGAUCGCCAUAAAAUAGACUGAAGCAGAAAGCACAUUUCACUGUUUGACAUGAUGGACGAUAAACUGGACUCUGCAGACGUGGAUGAAAAGGUGGAUGAUAGACGUGACAACAGAGCAGAGCUGCACAGUUCAUUACCCAGCGCUUCAAAGUCCACUCUCAACUCCAGCACCGGUCACACAGGUUCUGCUACUGAAGUCAGCUGUUUAUCUGAGCAGAUCUUCACCGAGGACACUGAAUUAUCUUCAUCUGACAUCUGUCUUCAUGUUUUCCCACAAACAACAACAGGCCUUGCCGGAUACAACUUGCAGACUAACUCAGAGAGUGAACGACAGACUGCCGCCUCUGUCUGCAGUCACUCUGUUGUUGAGAAGGACGAGCCGGGACGUCUCCGAGCUCUGCUGCAGCCGCCAGCGGAGACCGGCUGCGUGCUCGAAGUGAGUCAGGAAAGCCUGAAAACCUCCCCGGUCCACACUGAGCCCAGAGGAGACGACCUCUGUGCCGCGGUCCUCCUGGCCUGCCUCUUCUGCCGGCCGCUGGACUGCCUCCUGGCCACCAUGAGGGGCUGCGGCGGGUGCGCGUGGUGGCUGUGCCAGUCGCUGUUCGGCUGCGAGGCCUCGGCUCUGCGGCCCGUCCUGGACGCCGCCCGCCACUGCGACGUCUGCGGCUGCCUGAGCCUGCCCUGCUUCACCUGCGACUGCCCCGUCUGCGACAUCUGCCUGCAGGCCACCGAGUGCCUGGACCUGGCCAUGGAAAUCUCCCAGAUGCUUUACAAAUGAGCGAUAAAACAAACGACUCCAGACGCCAGUGAUGGAGAAUCGUUUAUUUGUUAAAAACCUUUCUGGAGCCUACUUGUGGGAACGAGAUACGGAAGUAAUGCUGAUGGUUAACAGUCAGUGUUAGCACUCAAACGAAUGUUACCGUGGGAAGCGGUGACCUGCGACGACAGGUCUGAGGACAAACACAGUGAAGGAGUGGAGAAGCUUUCAGCUUGAACAACUCUUAAAGUCCAGAAUCAAUUCACGACGGUGCAAAGGGGCAAAUCCAAAUAUUACAAUAGAAUAAUUAUAAACCAAAAGGUUUCAUUUAAUCUUUGAUAAUUAGUUAAAACAUCUGACAUCAUGAAACAUAAUACUUUAAGAUCACAGACUCAUGAUCUGAAUGACUUACUAACAUUAUAAGGAAGCAAAAAAAAAAAAAAAAGAUUAAAACAGUUCACAUAUGUGAAAUUAUAGAACUUUUCCAUUGUUUUCUAAUAUUUUGAGAUGCAUCCGUAAAACAGAUGCUGUUUUUUUUGGCUGCUUUCAAACACUUUCUAAAAAAAAAAAAAAACAGUGUGAAGUGUUACAAAAAGUUAGAAUAUGCAGGUACUUUGUCAAACACACAUUCAUUAACUGUACAUCAGAUUGUGUUAAGCCUCUGACAAAUUCAAUGCCUUUCUAACGCUCGUGGUUAUUCAAUAGAAUAGUAAUCGCUUUGCAGUUUCCACUCAACAAACACACAGUUAUACAUUAUUAUUAUUAUUAUUAGAGAGGUGAGAAUAGUGGUUGUUUCAAAAGAAGGUCAAAACCUUCUGAAUUCAGAUCAGAAAGCGCAGCAAUGCAAAAUCCGAUAUAUGUUGGGGGAAAAAAACAAAAACAAAACAAAUCCUCGGAGAUCAUGCUUUCUGGAAGAGUCACUUUGUGAAAACUAAAAUGAGGUUAUCGGACGACACGUAUUAGUCAGGAGGAACGACUUACCGCGCUCUUAGGUAUAAAAACAAAUGUCAUCAACUACAGUACGAGUGUAAAGGACAAAAUUGAUCUGCAUUUCUCACACGCUUGCAUUUCCAUUGAACGCGUGGAUCUCUAAAUAA